AUGUUACGGCAACAUGUUAUUGGAGUCCUUCCGACGGGUUAUGGGAAGUCGGUAAUUUUUCACCUUCUUCCUUACAUGUGGGACUACAUGUGCAAUGAUAAACGAGAAACGAGCAUUGUCAUUGUCAUUUCGCCCUUGAAUGCACUUAUUGAGGACCAAGUCAAUAGUUUGAAGGAAAGAGGAAUUAAGGCUGGUGUGCUACGUACAUCUCGUGCAGAAAAAAUUAAUGCCGCUAAUUCUCAGAAUGACGACAGUGGGUCAGAGGAUGAAAAUGAAGUUUCUGUGGUAUCGGAAAAAAAGCCCAACUACUGUAUCAGCGAGCCUGAACUAUUCAAAUGUGUCCAGGAAGGAGAAUUUAAGCUUUUAUUUACUCAUCCAGAGGCUUUUAUAUCGUGUAAAGAUGGUAGAAAAGUCCUUCAGUCAGAUUUAUACCAAAAUCGCGUCGCAUUUUGUGUCAUUGACGAAGCUCACCUGAUAAAGGAAUGGGGCUCAGAGUUCCGCCCUGAUUUUGGAAAGUUAGCCCAACUUGGGUCACUGUUUCCGACCGCACCUAUUCUGGCGUUAACGGCUACUGCCCCCAAAGAACUUGUAAAAUAUCUGAAAGUGAAUCUUCAACUCAGGAAUCCGAUGGUACUCGUGGGAAAUUUAGACAGAAGUAACAUUUUUAUUUGUAAAAAAAAAGAGAAGGCCCUCAUCAUUUGGAGUAGACAGUUACAACGACAUUUUGGUACCCAUUGCUGA